AGGAGCGGCGGUAUGCACUCGCUGCGCUGCUGGUUCUUGGAACGACCGCCGUGGCUCUGGUGCCAAGACUGACUGUGUGGCUUGCCCUGCUGGUACUUGGAGCAGCCAGGAAGGUGCUCUGUCGCAAAAUGCGUGUAUGGAGUGCCCUUCCGGCCGCUUCAGCAAUCGCACCGGGCUCAGCUCGCUGGUGCAAUGUGACACCUGCCCGCCGGGCACAUGGAGUGACGUCGCCGGCUCCACGAAGAACGUUUGUGUGACAUGUGCUGCCGGGAAGUGGAGCCCACAGAUUGCCGCCAUCAGCGAGGCCGUUUGUGUCUCGUGCCCCAUGGGUCGCUUCAAUGAGCAAGUUGGUUCAUCAGAGCCAGCAGCGUGCCAGCUUUGCGCCGAGGGAACAUGGAGCAUGAAGACUGGCGCAGAUACUGAGGAGGUUUGCGAGGCAUGUCCUGCGGGCAAGUGGAGUCCAGCCAAGGGUGCCACUACACCAUUGACCUGUGCAGAUUGUUCCCCUGGCACUUGGAGCUCCACAAAGGGUGCCUCUUCUUUGCUUGCCUGCACUAAGUGUGGUGCUGGCAAGUACAGUGAAGAGAUUGCAGCAACCAACGAGUCGACCUGCACACCUUGUGGAAUCGGAACCUAUCAGCCCAUCCUUGCGGCCAGCAACCACACUCUUUGCAUUCCUUGCGCUGUGGGGAACUAUAGCAAGACGAAGGGAAUGGCUGCUUGCCAUCAGUGUCCAUAUGGCAGUUAUGGUGACGCCUUUGGCCUCACCGAAUGCCACAAGUGCCCCAAGGGCACUUGGACACGAGCCAUGGGUUCUAUUCGCGCAGACCAGUGCUCCAGUUGGGUGAAACCACAAAAGGACAGCGAGCAUUGAGGUUGAAACAUCGUUAGGAUGGCUCCACAUCUGAGCCCCCACUUUUUUUGGUUCACUGGAGUCAAUAGGCGUCACCAUCGCAUAGUACUUGUAGAGAUUUUGAAGACCUCAGCAGCUGCGCUUGGUCAGACAUCAGAUGGCCAAAAGUGACAACUACAAUUUGUUGGUGUUGAAAGUCACCUCAUCCCUGUGGACCCCGUAGCGUGUACUCUCAAGGUAGAGCAAAAGGGACG